AUGCUCAGGGACUUUGAACCUGAGAGAAAAAAGAAGAGUGGGGAUGAGGAGAAAAAAAGGAUGAAACCCGGCAACCAGUCUACGCGCGCAAUGCUCGAGGCUCGUUGUCGGGUUUUGCCCUUUUCUUUUUUUUAUCCAUCACCCCAAGAAGGGGGAGGAGGAGAACACGACCCCACAACCCAAGGCGGGCGGCCAACUUGUCAGCGUCUUGUGCGCAACAAGAAAAAGAGGGGUGGGGGUGGCUCCCGGGGGUUUUUCACUUAUGAAAUGAGUGGGGUUGGGCAUAGUGGAAAACGCUUUGCUUUCCCUACUUCAACGCUGAGUAAGAUGGGUUUGAAAGGUAUUCCGCAAAGAUGA